UGAGACGUGCCCCGGCCAACCCAGGAAUCCCCCGGGGCCUCUGGCCUCCAUGGCUGGUUUCUGCCCAGAGGAGGGGCGGCUCCUAGCUGCCAAGGAAUGUAAACAGCCCCCCCCCACGCCCCGCUGCGAGAUGGGGCCGCUGGUGGAAAGCAAACACAGCGCCUCCUACAUAAGGGCCUGCCAGCCUCUGGGGCGCACCACCAGGACCCCAGCUGCGGCCAUGCUCUCCCCGGCCACCCUCUGCUGCCUGCUGCUCCUCAGCGUGCUCUGUGCGGACCUGGCCUGGGGGGGCUCCAGCUUCCUGAGCCCAGAACACCAGAAGGUGCAGCAGAGAAAGGAGUCCAAGAAGCCCCCGGCCAAACUGCAGCCCCGAGCCCUGGAAGGCUGGCUAAGGCCGGAAGACGGAAGCCAGGCGGAGGGGGCAGAGGACGAGCUGGAAAUCCGGCUCACCGCCCCCUUGGACGCUGGCAUCAAGCUGUCGGGCGCGCAGUCCCACCAGCACGGCCGGGCCCUGCGCAAGUGUCUUCAGGACGUCCUCUGGGAAGAGGCCAAGGACUCCCCGACCGAGUGAUGGCCCGCGACCCCCGCCUCUGCCCCCCCGGCUGGCGCUCGGGGGCUUCCCGACGGUCGUGCCGCCGCCCCCCGCGCGGCCGGGCUCGUGUACAGGGCGAAUAAACGCUCAACCUGUGUGCUACCGUGCAAA